AAAGAGGAAGUUGGCACGUCACUCUGCGAGUUCCACACACUCCACAUACUCGCAUGCAUUUACAUUCAGUUACAGUUGCGAGGAAGACGCCAACAUGAUCUCGAUUUGGGUUGCGCCACAGUUUAUAAAAACAAGUGUUCUACGGAGACUGUUGACUUUAAUUUUCACUGUAAGUUGGCCCUUGGCCCCCAAAGAAAGUGUUGCUCAAAUUCAACUCGUAGGUGAAGUUGGUAAGAAUGUCACCAUUCGCUGUCCUGUGGACCAGCAAAAGACGAUCGAAUUCUUCUACUUCCAAAGGGGCGGAGAAUUUGUAAAUGGCUUCCAUAAAUUGAAAAAGAUACCAGAGAAAUGGGAAAACACCAGAGUGGAAAACAACACUGCAACCGUCCAAAUGAUCAAACUGAAUGCUUCGCAUAGUGGAGACUAUCAGUGUUACAUCCAGUAUAAUGAAAGGCCAAAUGUUUCUGUCACAGGCAUACACCUCAGUGUCACAGCCCACUACAGCAAACCUGCAGUCACAACGUUUUGUUCUGCACAUCGCUGCCUGUUGACGUGUGCCUCACAUGGAGGCUAUCCGCACACCAAGUUGAUGUGGAAUGUCGGGAACAGCAGUGGCCUGACAUUGAAGGUUCUGAACGUGAGCGAAGAGAGCGAUCCAAAAACAUUGUUGUACAACAUUUCCAGUACCAUGUCCUUCAACUGCUCUGAUGGAGAAGAAACAUUCAUUAGUUGUUCCGUGGAUGGUGUCACAUCUGAGUCGUUGUCUGUCUGCAUUCCAAAGUAUCACAUUCCUAUUGUAAAAACAGCAAUCUGUUCAGUAAUGUUGUUCAUCGCAACAAUUCCAUUGGUGCUGGUAUGGAAAUACAUAAAACAGCAGAAAGGUAAGCAAAUAACUAAUUUAGCUGUAGAUCCAAGAGAAAUAAAGGCCCUCAAUUAAGGCCAAAGAGAAAAGACCCUGCAGUUGUGAACCUCUGAAGGAUAAUCCACUACCCUCAAAAACUCAAGAGAGUACAGUAUAAUUAUGAUUUUCAAACUAUUCAGACAGGAGCUUCCUUGCUUUCUUUUAGAAUUGUGGAUAUUCACAAUUCAGAUAUAUAUAUAAUUUUUUUUUUGUAAAAAUGAUUUUUAAGUUUUAGUUGUCUGCCGCAUUCUGUCUUGGUUCUGUGAGUAAUCCAACCUGGUGCAAUACUUUCAACCCGAACUUGUUUGUGGUAGGAGGUCGAGGACAGCGUUUUUUUUUUUAUUUAAAUGAUGACAGCAAGGCCUGUUUUAUAAGAAACUCUAUUGAGUGGGAUUCUAUGAUGAUACUGUAUGUGACUUUUUUCACAUGUAUUUUAUUUUGUACUUCUACAUGGUUCUAUUUCAGAUAUGAAAAUACUGUCUCCAAAUUGCAUGCAAGAAGUAAAGUAAUGCAUUAGUAAAUGCGGUUUAAUACGGCGACAUAUAUUUAAUAUGUCGCCUCUUUCAUUUAUGUAAUGAAACUGUUGUUUGAUUUUAAGCAAAUCAAAAUAUUAUCAAAUUCAUCUUAUGAUGCAUUGAUGUUCUACUCUACUGCAAAUUACAAGUACAAUAAUAAACAUUUGUUCAGUGACUAUACUCUUCCAAUUAAA